AUGAGAAGGAAAAUCCGUGACCCCUCUGUGGUUCGCUCUUCCAUUGUUCUGCUACAAGAGAGAUUUAAACAGUUGCAUAGAGCGAAAGAAAUGAGGAAGAAGAGAGACUUGCUGAAGAUGCUCACUACUGAACCUAAACAUUUCAAUUCCAAACCCACUACGAGGCAGUUUUUCCACCCUGAACUGAUCAUGCCAUCAAGGUCACCCCCCCAUGUUUCUCUUUCUCUGUGGCCAACUUCGCCGCGCAUGCAAGAGUACAACAAAAGCACUAUUGAGACCCCAAUACGCUCCAUUGAUUGUACACAUACACAGUCUCUUCAGGCUUCAAUGAAGAACGUAUAUGAUUGGGAUUCCGGUUCUGACUCUGGUGUUGAUACUUCUCUUCACCUGUAA